AUGUUCUUCUUUUCGUUUGUUUCUUUCUCAUUCAUAUUUUUUUAUACUGUUUCUUUUUCUAACUCCUCUUUUUCUUUCCCUUGUUUCUUGCCUCUUCUCAUUCUUUCCUUCUUUCUAAUUUGCUUCUUUUCCAUUUCUUAUCUCGAUCUAUUUUUCUUUUGUUCUUUUCUAAUAUUAUUUUUCGAAAUCAUCUCUUUCUUAUUUCAUUAUUCUUUUUCUUUCUUUCUUUUCAAAUUUGUCUCUUUGUGUUACUUUUUAAUUCGUUUCAUUUUCCCCUCUUUUUUCAGAUUCUUUUUGUCUUGCGUUUUCUUUUUUUUUUUUUUGAAGUUAUCUCUUUCUUCCUUGCCUUUUUUAGAUUUCAUUAUACUUUUUAUUUCUUUCCUUUCUUUCUUAUUUUCGAAUUUGUCUCUUUUUGUUACUUUUCCAAUUCGUUUCUUUUUUCUCUCUUUUCCAGACACUUUUUGUCUUCUUUUUUCUUUCUCUUUGAAGUCAUCUCUUUCUUGCUUGCCUUUUUCUUUUAGAUUCCAUUAUAUUCUUUUCUUUCUUUCUUUCUUUCUUUCUUUCUUUCUUUCUUUCUUUCUUUCUUUCUUAAGCUUUGGGAACAUUUCUGUAUCCCUUAUAAUCCUCAUCUGCUUUUUAUUAACACAUUUACAAUUCACUAAGCACCAACGGAAUAUCGUCUAG